GGCCCCGCCCCUUUCCCGGCGGGACGCUCGGUGUCGCCCGCGCUGCGCUGGGCGGCGGGGGAGUCACACCCCACGGGAUUAUGUGAUGAAUGAGCUUCUUGGCAUAGAAGAAAAUAAAGAAUGAUGGCUUCAUUCCAGCGCUCCAACAGUCACGACAAAGUGAGGAGGAUCGUCGCAGAGGAGGGGCGCACGGCCCGAAACCUGAUCGCAUGGAGUGUGCCUCUAGAAAGCAAAGAUGAUGAUGGAAAGUUGAAAUGUCAAGCUGGUGGAAAAUCAAAGAGGACCAUUCAAGGCACUCAUAAAACCAAACCGAACACUGCAGGAGACUGUAAAAUAACAUCAUCUACAACAGGAGAGAAACACUUUGACAAAAGUCCCACAAAAACAAGGCACCCUCGUAAAAUUGAUCUAAGAGCUAGAUACUGGGCGUUUCUUUUUGACAAUCUUCGCCGGGCAGUGGAUGAAAUUUAUGUAACCUGUGAAUCGGAUCAGAGUGUGGUGGAAUGUAAGGAGGUGCUCAUGAUGCUGGACAACUAUGUAAGAGAUUUCAAAGCAUUGAUUGACUGGAUUCAGCUUCAGGAAAAGCUGGAGAAGACAGAUGCUCAAAGCAGACCAACCUCGCUGGCCUGGGAAGUAAAGAAGAUGUCUCCAGGGCGCCCUGUGGUCGCAAGUCCCUCGACAGACAGAAUCAGUGUCGCAUCAAAUGCUCGAAGAAGCUUAAAUUUUGGGGCUCCACAGGGCGCAGUGGCUGCUCCCCGUCUGGCUCCCACGGGUGUUAGUUGGGCCGACAAGGUCAAGGCUCAUCACGCGGUCUCGACUGCUUCUCCAGAUGUGGCACCUGCUCAGUCUUGCCCACCAAUGACAGUGCAGAAGACUUCCUGCAAAAAUGAACGGAAAGACGCUGAAGGGUGGGAGACGGUGCAGAGAGGAAGGCCUGUGCGCUCCCGGUCGGCAGCAGCUGUGCCCAAGGUUUCAGCGCCAGCCUCGAGGUCAAAGGACGACAGUGACAAGGAAAACGCAGGGCUUUCACCGGAGGGCAGCGUGCACAGAGGUGGACUCGUCGGAGACGGGCCGCAUCAGGCUGUGGACUCCCGGCCCAGAGACUCCUCACACUCGUGCGACCGUCCUCUGGCUGAGAGAACCCAGUUCACAGUGAGCACAUUGGAUGACGUCAAGAACUCUGGCAGUGGUGUCUCACCAGACAGUCCCGUGCGAACUUCGGAAAUACCUGCCGUUCACGUGGACACAGAGUGUGUUUCGAUUCCUCAGCAGGAGGACACACCUCCUUUGCAUACAAACAAAGAUGGAUCGUCAGCAGAGAAAGUAGGGGUGGAAAGUGAAAUGGACUCUUCAGAUGUUUCAAAUGUGAGUGCUGCUACCUUGUCCAUGGCAGAAGUUCUUGCUAAGAAGGAAGAGCUCGCGGAUCGUCUGGAAAAGGCCAACGAGGAAGCCAUCGCCAGUGCCAUCGCCGAGGAGGAGCAGCUGACCAGAGAGAUUGAAGCUGAAGAAAACAAUGAUAUUAAUAUCGAAACUGACAACGACAGCGAUUUCUCUGCCAGCAUGGGCAAUGGAAGUGUAUUUUUCUGUGGUAUGUCUAUGGACUGGAAUGAUGUCCUUGCGGAUUAUGAAGCUCGUGAAUCGUGGCGCCAGAACACAUCCUGGGGGGACAUUGUAGAGGAGGAGCCUGCCAGACCUCCAGGACAUGGCAUUCACAUGCACGAAAAGCUUUCCUCCCCAUCCCGCAAAAGAACAAUUGCAGAAUCUAAGAAGAAACAUGAAGAAAAACAAAUGAAAGCACAGCAGCUGAGGGAAAAGUUACGUGAAGAGAAAACGCUAAAGCUUCAGAAAUUGUUAGAAAGGGAGAAAGAUGUCCGCAAGUGGAAGGAAGAAUUGCUAGACCAGCGACGUAGGAUGAUGGAAGAGAAAUUGCUUCAUGCUGAAUUUAAGCGAGAGGUGCAGUUGCAAGCAAUUGUCAAAAAAGCCCAAGAGGAAGAAGCCAAGGUAAAUGAAAUCGCCUUCAUAAAUACCCUGGAAGCCCAGAAUAAACGUCAUGAUGUGUUAUCAAAACUGAAGGAAUAUGAGCAGAGGCUGAAUGAGUUGCAGGAAGAACGUCAGCGGAGGCAGGAGGAGAAGCAGGCGCGUGACGAAGCCGUCCAGGAAAGAAAGAGAGCGCUGGAGGCAGAACGGCAGGCCCGUGUGGAGGAAUUGCUAAUGAAGAGGAAGGAGCAAGAAGCGCGGAUCGAACAGCAGAGGCAGGAAAAGGAAAAAGCCCGUGAGGAUGCAGCCAGGGAGAGAGCCAGAGACCGGGAGGAGCGGCUGGCCGCGCUCACAGCCGCCCAGCAGGAGGCCGUGGAGGAGCUGCAGAAGAAAAUCCAGCUAAAGCACGAUGAAAGCAUCCGAAGACACAUGGAGCAGAUGGAACAGAGAAAAGAAAAAGCUGCUGAGUUGAGCAGUGGACGGCACGCAAACCCCGAUUACGCCCCCAAGCUGACCCCUUACGAGAGGAAGAAGCAGUGUUCUCUGUGCGGCGUCCUGAUCUCUUCAGAGGUGUACCUGUUCAGCCACAUUAAAGGAAGGAAGCACCAGCAGGCGGUGAGAGAGAGCAGCAGCAUCCAAGGGCGGGAGCUGUCCGACGAGGAAGUGGAGCAUCUUUCCUUAAAGAAGUACAUCAUUGACAUUGUGGUUGAAACUGCAGCUCCGCCAGAGCCACUGAAAGAUGGAGAAGAGCGGCAAAAAAACAAAAAAAAAGCCAGGAAGAUAAAAGCCCGCAUGAACUCCAGGGCCAAAGAAUAUGAAAGUUUAACAGAAACAAAAAAUUCUGCCUCUGACUCACCGUAUAAAGCAAAGCUUCAGCGGUUAGCCAAAGACCUUCUAAAACAACUGCAAGUACAAGACAGUGGGUCGUGGGCAAACACUAAGGUUUCUGCUUUAGACCGCACCCUGGGAGAGGUCGCUAGAAUCCUGGAGAAGGAGAAUGUGGCUGAUCAGAUCGCAUUUCAGGUUGCAGGUGGACUGACAGCCCUUGAACACGUCCUUCAAGGAGCAGCCCCAGCCACAAAUGCAAACACAGUUCCACGAAUUCCUCCCAAGUCUCUCUGCAGUGCAGUCAAUGUUUACAACCUCACCUGCAGUAACUGCUCAGAGAACUGCACCGACGUUCUGUUCAGUAACAAGAUUACCUUCUUAAUGGACCUCCUGAUGCACCAGUUGACGGUUUAUGUUCCAGAUGAAAAUAGUGCUAUUUUGGGAAGAAAUACAAAUAAGCAAGUUUUUGAAGGCUUGACAACUGGACUUCUCAAAGUCAUUGCUGUGGUUCUUGGCUGCCUGAUUGCCAAUCGACCAGAUGGAAGCAGCCAGCCAGCUACACCAAAAAUAUCCACAGAGGAAAUGAAAAACAAAUCCUCCCAAAGUGAUGCUUUUAACAGCCGAGUUCAGGACCUCAUCAGCUACGUGGUGAGCAUCGGCCUGAUCGACAAGCUGUGCGGCUGCUUCCUGUCAGUACAGGGCCCGGUGGACGAGAACCCGCGGCUGGCCGCGCUCCUGCAGCAUGCAGCGGGACUCUUGCAGGGCGCCUGCACGCUGUGCGGGGCUGUCACCGGAAGGUCACACAGCAUAUUCGACAGCAACCGCCAGGAUCCCACUGGCCUGACGGCGGCUCUUCAGGCCACGGACCUCGCAGGAGUUCUGCACAUGCUCUACUGCGUCCUCUUCCACGGCACCAUCUCGGACCCCAGUGCCACCAGCCCCAAGGAGAGUUACACCCAGAACACGGUGCAGGUGGCCAUUCAGAGUUUACGUUUCUUCAACAGCUUUGCAGUUCUCGAUCUGCCUGCUUUUCAGUCCAUUGUAGGGGCCGAAGGCUUGUCGCUUGCAUUCCGGCACAUCGCCAGCUCCCUCCUGGGCCACUGCAGCCAAGUCUCCUGUGAAAGCCUCCUGCACGAGGUCAUCGUCUGCGUGGGCUACUUCACUGUCGGCCACCCAGAUAACCAGGUCAUUGUGCAAUCUGGACGCCACCCCACGGUGCUGCAGAAGCUGUGCCAGCUGCCCUUCCAGUACUUCAGUGACCCUCGGCUGGUCAAGGUGCUGUUCCCUUCCCUUAUCGCUGCUUGUUACAACAACUGCCAGAACAAGAUCAUCCUGGAGCAGGAGAUGAGCUGUGUUCUGCUGGCUACGUUCAUCCAGGAUUUUGCACAGAAUCAAAGUCAGGCAGACACCCAGUCUCAUCUGCCCAAAGGAAAAUGCCUUGCAUCCCAGGACUAUCUUGAGCUGGCUAACAGAUUUCCUCAGCAGGCCUGGGAAGAAGCUCGACAAUUUUUCUUAAAAAAGGAAAAAUAAAAAAAUGCUUUGGUUGGUUGUAUAUUUGAGUACCCUCAUUAAUAUUUCAAAUUGCUCAAACGUUCUAACUGUUCCUUAAGAAACUCCUUUUCACAUGUUUAUACUCUCCUCUGUACUGUAGAUAUGGUAUAUACUUUGAACUAUUUAUAAUGACUGUAGAUACUUGAAUGUUCUACUUGCUAACACUGCAAGUUUAUUUCAUUUAUGCACAAUUUUUGCAGUUUGGUAACUUCAAUCUUACAUACUUUGCAUUUGUAAUAUGUGUGAAAUUAGACACAAAAUUAGCAAAUCUGUUUUGUUCUUGUAAUAAAAAUAACUUAUUCUGUU